CUUUUUUUUUUUGUAGUUUGCGGGGAGCAAAUCGACACGUCCGUGGGGGUAUUUGCGUGACAGCUAGCGUUCGCACAAAGCAGCACGACGUCUGUACUGAAGGCUUUAGCUUACUUCAAUCGCCACGGGCUAGCUAGCUUCCAGCUAAUGGACGUAUGACAUCCGGGCAUUUUAUGACGUUGCCGAUAUACAUACAGUUGCAAUAAUUUAUUACAAAUGGACAGAAAAUGUUAUUCAACUUAAAUAUGUCAGCACAUUCUUUUAGAAAUUGUGUCAUGCUAAAAUACAUUGUUUAAGCCCAAAGAGAAAGAAAUAAACUUUGCAACGUAUUAUUUAUUCACUCUUAAAUUUCGUAAAUGAGAGGCAGUUUAAUUCACGUUCUUUGUUUGCCAACUAAAUAAAAUAAAAGCUGUGAUCCAAGACAUGUUUUUUCACGUAAAAAUCCUGUAAUUUUUUUCAGAUAUUCCCAUGGGCGCAUUAGAUAAUGUUUAUUGUAGCCUCAUAUUCCUAUUCCAAUGGUCAUCUCUAUGAUUCAUCUUUAACUUGGCAUUAAUUAACCCUUAACAGGUAUGUUAGCAUCUGUUAAUGUGGGGACCGUCAUAUAAGUUUCUCAGUGCUGGAUCACGUCUUUCAGAGUGCGGUGAGAAAUGAGUUCCCAUCUCCUGGUGUCCAGCAACUCCUCCCGUCAUGCAACCCUCCUGCUGCUUUGUUCUGGUGGGUUCUGCUGGCUCCGGACCUUGAGUGGCAAACCUCACAUCAGCGGCAGUCUUAUUAGCGAGAGCUAUCGGCUGCUGCAGCUGCCCGAAAACAAAUCCAUCAGCCCUGAGCAGGUGAAGGUGUCCUACCUGCGCCUGGCCAAGCUCUACCACCCGGACUCUGGCUCGCCCACUGCUGAUGCGGCCCUUUUUACGCGGGUGGUGGAGGCCUACCGGUGCGUGGUGGCACACUGCAGUGAGGCCCGGUCUCGGGAUAGAAUGCCGGACGAGGAUGAGGACAAGGACCCAGCUGCAGGUGUGGCCCCUCAGCAUAGACACUACCUCAGCUACGAGGGCGUGGGUUCAGGCACCCCGAGCCAGCGCGAGCGCCAGUACCGCCACUUCCGUGCCGACAGGGCCGCCGAGCAAGUUCUGGACUAUCGGCAGAGGGAGCAGGAGAGGGCGGCAGCGUCUGAGGGGGCGCUAGUGGAGCGGGACAUGCGGCGGCGCAGCAGGAAUAUCAAAAUCACACAAGCGGUGGAGCGGCUGGUGGAGGACCUAAUCCAGGAGUCCAUGGCCCGGGGCGACUUCCGCAACCUGAGUGGUGCCGGAAAGCCACUCAACAAGUUCCAACACAACCCCUACUCCGACCCCAUGACGCACAACCUCAAUCGCAUCCUCAUGGACAAUGGCUACCAGCCACCCUGGGUGCUCACUCAGCGCGACAUCCGCGAGACCGCCGAUCGCAUCCGGCGAGACCUACUGGAUGGUCGCGCCGGGCUGGGCGAAACCCUCGGCCCGAUGGAGCGCCUCCGCUGGGAGGAGCUGUGCGCCCAUGCUGAGGAAGAGCUGGCGAAACUCAACAAGAAGGUGGACAACUACAACCUGAUUGUUCCCAUGCUCCAGAUGCAAAUGGUGCACUUCAACUUGGCGCGGGAGGUCCGGCGUGCGGAAGAGGUGGCCGGAUGCCGCCGACUUGAGCAGCGACAGAAGAGGAAAGAGGAGAGGAAAAGGGUCAAUGCCGCCCAUGUCGCUGCCAAGUCUGCAGACGCAAAGCGAGGACUGGUGUCGUGGAUGCAAAGUUGGCUCAAAUGAAUGACGGGAAACUUCAUUUCAUUUUCAUCCAUUUGUCAGUUUAAUCUUUGACUUGAUGGAAUAAGGUUUUAAACAAUGUUCGACUUUCCAACCUUAAAUGAUAGCUAAAACAGACCAUUAGCGACCUGAACUCUGACAUCGAAGAAUUCAUGUGGUACCAUUGGAACAAAUUUUAAUUUGUCCGUUUUUUUCCAACCUAGUACUGAUACUAGGUAUCAUUAUUGGGCUCAUACAGCCUUAUUUUGAGGUAUCUGGUACUCAUGGGUGCUGCCGAUACUAGCUACUGAUACUUGAAACGUUAUUUUUUUUAAAUCAGAAGUUGUGUAAGUCCUUCUUGGCAGUAGUCGGCGCUAUACUGUGACGUUUGCUACAUCGGCGAACCCUCAUCUGUGGAAAAGAGAACGGUCUUUGUUCACAGUUUUUUGUGUUAAAUUAAAAUUUAUCUUUCAAAAGACGGCACUCGCUA